GUUUAGCCGUCGUGUCGUUUGGCUCGCGCGAACUGUUUCGUUCUGCAGAGACUCCACUGUUCAGUGAGCUGUUUCGUUCUUGCGUGUAGAGACUCUGAAGUGUGAAACGACAGCGCAUCAAAAGGCAUCGUCGCAAACGAGUGUCGCAAACAGUGUUUUCUGCAGCAAUUUGGAGCUGCCCAGGCUUGUGUUGCCGCUGGCCGCUCCGGUGUGACCAAACAAAAAAAAAACCCGGCCAAGAAAAGUGAUUCUGAUAAAACAAGUCCGUUUGGACGUUGCCGACGUGCCGCGGGAGUGUGUGUGUGUGUGCGCGCAUUUUCGCGUGUCUGUUGCGGAGUCGCCGCCACCGCGCAGUGAUUUUGUGUGUGAUUUUCCUUAAAAUUCGUCCCGUUGUGUCCCCAAUGUGUGCGCCUGUGAUCGUCGUGCGUGUGUCCCGGUGAUAGUGUGACCCUUUUCGGGGCGGCUGUUUUUUUUUGGCAGCCUCCAGGCGGGCGUCAGGCAGAGCGCGUUGUGCCUCGGGAGAAAGAGUUUGUGUGUCCUGCCGAUACGUCGUGGCGAGCAUUUGGCGGUGAACCAGAAAACGAACGGACGCGGACGCCCGGCUUUCAGGGCGGGUUGGUGUUCGAGUUUCGAGCCCACUCACGGCAUUGGCAGCAUUGGCCGAUGUGUAGUUUAUUGAGCAAUUAACAGGAGAUAAACCAUCGCCGUUCCAGGUCACAAAAUGAUGCGGCUUGGACUUUACCUUGCAGCGUCAUGGACGUUACUAUGUACCUACAGUGCCGCAAUGCCAGACAUACACCGGCAAAUGUCCUCUGCCCAGCUACAGGAAGUGUUCCACGUUGAUCACGUCGAUCUCGUCCCGCACUACGAGCUGGUGCAGCUAACGCACCACACAAACCGCCCGGUGCUGGCGAGCUCCCGGCGGAGACGGAGCAUCGAUUUCUCGCAGGUGGCCAAAGCGAACGGUUUAACGGCCGGUGGCAACCACCAUGUCAAGAAGGACCUCAGCAAGGUGCGCUUCACCGAGAAGGUAAGCGAGCUGGGCGUUAAACCAGCCGGCCAGCAGCGGAAACCCUUCCCGCAGCAGGAGGUUCCGCUCGAGGCGGGCCCUCUGGUGAGCAGUGGGCCGCCGAAGCAGCCGGUGGACGAUUCUACACCACUGGAGCCGAUGGAGCAGGGUGGCGUUAGCAUAGCGGACCUCAACGAGCACCGCGUGUCGUUCGAUGCGUUCGGCGAGAACGUGAACCUGACGCUGCGCAAGACGGAAGGCCUGCUGCGGGGCGGUGCCCACUCGCUGCGGAUGUGGAACGUCCGGUCGGAUCCGAACUCGACGCAGGGGCUGGUCUACGAGGAGAUUCACGAUGAGGACCCAGAACCAGCCGACUCCUUCGGCGACAUCUAUCAGGAUGAGGGAAACAUGGCGGCAGUGCUGAUGCGAAAGCAUCUGGAAAGUGGAGAUCUAAUGAUGGAGGGUAGUAUAGGUCAUGAACUAGUGAUAAAGCCAGUGCCAACCGACAUCUCCCAGGCGGAGGAUGGAAGUGUUCAUCACGUUAUUUAUAAGCGCAAAGCCCACGAGGAGCACAACGACCAGUUUAGUGAUUACGCAUUCAUGGAACCGGACCGGCUGCAGAAACGGUUUCGCACCAAGCGGAGCCCGCAAGCGUACUACAAAAGCUCGCGCGCCAUCGAUCGGACCAUCUACCCGGAGAUACUGGUGAUCGUCGACUACGACGGGUACCGGCUGCACGGCGGCGACAACGUGCAGGUCAAGCGCUACUUUGUCUCCUUCUGGAACGGUGUCGACCUGCGGUACCGGCUGCUGAAGGGGCCGAAAAUUCGCAUCAGCAUCGCGGGCAUCAUUAUCUCACGGGGCCGUGACGCAACGCCCUACCUGGAGCGGAACCGCGUCGGACGGGAUGCGAUCGAUUCGGCGGCCGCCCUCACCGACAUGGGCAAGUACCUGUUCCGGGAACGAAGGCUCCCGGUGUACGAUAUUGCCGUUGCCAUCACGAAACUAGAUAUGUGUAGAAGGCAAUAUGCAAAUGACGCGUGUAAUCGCGGUACCGCAGGAUUCGCCUACGUCGGUGGAGCGUGCGUGGUAAACAAGCGCCUUGAAAAGGUCAACAGUGUUGCCAUCAUUGAGGAUACCGGCGGUUUCAGUGGCAUUAUCGUUGCCGCCCAUGAAGUUGGCCAUCUGCUGGGAGCGGUCCAUGAUGGGUCGCCACCACCGAGCUACCUGGGCGGACCGGGUGCGGAAAAGUGCCGCUGGGAGGACGGCUACAUCAUGUCCGAUCUGCGGCACACUGAGCGAGGCUUUCGCUGGUCACCGUGCAGUGUGCAAAGCUUCCACCAUUUCCUCAAUGGUGAUACGGCCAGCUGCCUGCAUAAUCCACCGCACGAGGACGAGGCGCUUGGACGAGCGCUCCCCGGUACGCUGCUGUCCCUGGACGCCCAGUGCCGGCGGGAUCGGGGCACGUCCGCCUGCUUCAAGGAUGAGCGCGUCUGCGCCCAGCUGUUCUGCUUCGAUUCGGCCAGCGGCUACUGCGUCGCGUACCGGCCCGCCGCCGAAGGAUCUUCCUGCGGAGAUGGACAACACUGUCUCGAUGGUAGAUGUGUUGCGGAGCAUGAAAACAUUAUACCGGACUAUUCGCAACAUACUCCAUCGUACACGCGCUACAAUCAGCAGUCUGUGAAAUAUAACUACGACGACAAGUCAGAUCAGCAGGAAGAAUAUUAUGAACCGUCUAGCACGCCAACGACAUCAACGACAACCAGCACCACCACCACCACCACCACCACAACAACCACCACCACCACUACAACACCAUCACCGCCGCCGGCGACAUCGACGAGGAACUACUACCAGUACUUCCAUCACAAGUCCACGAGUACCUAUCCCAAUGAUUACCAUACAGCUAAAAGCCCUCCUAGCCCUAGUGAUAAUGGUAACGGUAAUGGCAACCAAUACCACAACAACAACAACAACAACUACAACAACAACGGGAACAACAACAACAACAAUUACAAUCACUACAACCCGACGACCAAGUCGACACCGUACAGUACGAAAACGACGACCAAGACGCCGUACGUGUUCAGCAAGUACACGUUCAGCUCGACCAAAAGCCCAACGACCAUCGCCACGCCCCGACCGUCCUGGAACAAUGGCAACAACCGUGAGGAUGACAAUAGUAACGCACUGCACUACAACAGCCAACAGCACCAACAACACCACCACCACCACCAACAGCAGAACAGCUAUCCGCACGCGUACGGCGAUGGUGGUGCGCAUGAUGCUACCACGGCGCACACCAUCACCACCACCACCACCACCACACGCAAACCGAAAGCCACCUACCAUCCGGUGUUCGACGUGUACUUCAACCGGAUCGCACAAACGACCACACGCAACCCGUACAACUUUUCCUACUUUGCAAAGCGCACCAACACGAACGCACUGAACGGCAACUAUCUCGGCGCGAACAGCCAGCUGAGCGUGGCCAGUGUUGCCAGCGGCCGGCAGCCGGCCAGCAGCAGUAGUAGUAGUGGUAGUAAUGGUAGCGGUAGCGCUAGUACUUUGGAUGAUGAGGACAAGCGUUACAAAAACUUUAUGAAUGCCAUCAAGCGGAAGCGAUUACAACAUCUGAAGGAACAGCUGCAGCUGCAGCAGCUGCAGCAACAGCCCGAGCUCGUCAGCAACCAGCAGUAGCGGGCGUGAGGUGUAUCUGUGUUCAAAGCAAAGCAAAACAAAACAAAAACCCUCCGCUAAGAAUAACCAAGUUCAGUUCAGUUUGUAUAGAUGCAAGCCCCGUUAGGCCGUUAGUGAUUAAGCAGCUCUCAGCUAACCAUUUGAAACCGCUCCUUUCUCCUUUAAACUCGCUUCUAGCGAGAGAGCUAAAACAAUGCGAAUGAAAAUUUACUGCUCCACUUACGCUUUCGACUUGACUUUAGGUGCAUUUUUAGCUUUUUUUUGUUGUUGUUUGGUAUUUUACACUGCAAAACUACAAAUUGUUCAUUAAAGAAAGCCUAUCUGUGAGCUAAGCGAGAGAAAGACAGAGAGAGAAAAACAGAACGAUCAUACGUUGCUUAGCAUACGUGCAUUGAAACUGCCGCCAACUUUGUUUUCUAAGAGCUAGAUGCGAUCUUAGUAAGCCGUUUAGUAGUAACGUACGUAAGCUACCGAACACGUUAGAGUGAUGUUUCGAGUCUCAAGCGGUAAACGCUCAUCAUCGUUUGCAUGAUAAUGAUAAAAAAGUCCACACACACACAGACCGAUCGCCGAAGUGGACUGGGUGGGCUUCAAACCCAUCCCGUCCCUGUAUGACACUUCAUAGGCUGCCUGCUUAUCUGUUCACUGUAAAUAGUUAGUGCGUUAGUGUCUGUUUAUUAUAUUCGUUUUAGUACUUGCAUCAUACGGUAGCGUUAGCUCGUAUCGAUAACAUCUUCUGUUGUUCUAAUAAUGUGUGUAUGUAGGUGUUUCUCUUAACCCUUUUUUCCCGGAGAGACAUCAUUACAACGAAAUAAUGAACAAAAGAAGACGAAAAAAACAUAAUACAAUACUAAGCGAAGGAGUAAGGAAGAAGAAACAGUACCUACGAACAGGGGAUUUUUUUAGCGAGCUAAGCAAACAGGCAAAACAUCGUUGAGCGAAUGAGUUUUGUGGCGGAAGGAACACAAACGCCUUUUGGGGUGAUUACAAAAAAGAGAAGGAUCUGUAAACGAUAUGGAAUGAAAACACAAAAAGCAAACCACCCGUAGUAGAUAAAAGAAAAGAGGGCAAUUGAGCAAAUCGAGAAGAUAGGAAGCAUAUGUAGAAAGCAGAAGAGAGAUUGGCACCGUGCUGGGUGUGUGUUGCCACCAUAAUGUAGAGUUUUAAUUUAUUGGAUUUAAGUUAUGGGAUAGUGAUUCUUUUCUCUUCUCCACUGCGUUUGUAUAUGUGUUAGAAUUUUUGUUUGUUUUUUCUUCUUCUUAUUCUUGCAACGAUAACGAUCUAUGCGUGUCGUGCAGGAAUCGAAUGCUGAAACAGUGAGCGUGCGCCGUAUCGUUGAUUCGAUCGGCCGCCGUGGAAGUUUUCUGCGACGAGCAAAAAAAAAAGGGUGUUUACACACCACAGAAGUACUAGGUAUUAGGAAUUUUGAAAAUUGAUAACAAUCGAAGCGAGUACAAUACACCUCCGUCCACACGUAACGAAGGUACGCAAUUUUUCGCGCGAUUAGUGUGUAUGUGGAGGGUAGUAAGGAGGAAGGUGAACUCGUUCGGACGUUUUUAGUAGUGCAAGAACGAUAGAUAGGCAAAGGCGAAUGAGUGUAUUUCGUUUAUGUAUUUUGUAAAGUGAGUAUAUCAAUAAA